UAUCAAGUGGCUUCUACACCAUACAAUUUUACAAUACAACGCGGAUAAUAACGAAGUGCAAGUUAUUUCAAUUAUUUGUUCAACAAUCAAGUGUUAUAACAGGUAUAUGAAUAAAAAUGCCUAUCGUUUAAUUAUUAAUUACUAAGAUGCGAUACUAUUUGACUGUGUUAACUAUUGUCUUAAAGCUUGCCAUAUGCAAUUGUGAAAAUUUUGUUCCUGACUACAAAUUAGCUUUAAAGUAUUCAGUACUGUUUUUCGAAGCACAAAAAUCUGGAAAGUUGCCUUCUAACAAUAGGAUACCAUGGAGGGGAGAUUCGGGUUUAAACGAUAGUGGUGAUAAUGGAGAAGACUUAUCUGGAGGAUAUUAUGAUGGUCCAGAUUUUGUUAAGUUUAGUUUUCCACUUGCCUAUUCAAUUACUGUUUUAUCCUGGGGUGUGAUUUUAUAUCCUGACGUUUAUAAGUCGAUAGGGGAAUACGAAUCAGUAUUAGAUAUUAUAAAGCAUGGUACAGAUUACUUUAUGAAAUGCCAUGUAUCACCCAACGAGCUCUAUGGUCAAGUUGGCGAUUUCAAAACGGACCACAAAUAUUGGGGAAGACCUGAAGAAAUGAAUAUAAGUCGUCCAGCAUAUAAAAUUAAUGAAACUAACCCAGGUACUGAUCUAGCUGCAGAAGUUUCAGCUGCUCUGUCAUCCGCUAGUAUAGUUUUUGAAAACAUUAACAAGACGUACACUGAAGAACUGCUAAAUCACUCAAUAAAUAUGUACAAUUUUGCGAAGGAUUACAGAGGUCUUUCGAAGGAUGCUGUUCCUGGAGCAAAGCAAUUUUACUAUGAAAUAUAUUUUUAUGGUGAUAAUCUAAUAUGGUCUGCCCUAUGGUUAUAUAGAGCCACAAAUAAUACACAAUACAUACGAGAUGCUGAGCUGUGGUACUAUGAUUAUGGACUCCAGAAUUUGACAUCCCAUUAUUUUUAUUUCAACGAUCAUACACUUGGCAUCAGACUUUUGCUACGAGAGAUUACAAAUGAUGAAUCCUAUUUGAAGGCAGUUACGGAUUUUUGCGACUAUUCAAUAGAUAUCGGUUUGCGAACACCGAAAGGACUGAUUUUUAAAAAGAAAUACGGUGUCCUUCCUUUAGCUGCAACCACAUCCCUUAUAUGCCUUGAAGCAUCUAAAUACGAAAAUGGUUCCUUUAAAAAAUACAUGGAAUUCGCGAAAAGUCAGGUUGAUUAUAUGCUUGGAUCAACUGGACGUAGUUAUGUUGUGGGAUACGGAGAAAAUUAUCCUAAAAAACCAUAUCAUGUGGCAAGUUCCUGCCCUGAAUUGCCUGCUCCUUGUGGAUGGGAACAAUACUAUUCAAUUGAUUCAAAUCCGCAAACCGUAUACGGUGCCCUGGUGAGUGGGCCCAAUAUAACCGACGAUUAUUUUGAUUUAAGAGAGGAUAGUUACUUCGAAUAUAACGUUGUUAGCUUAGAUGCAAAUGCCGGCUUUCAGACUGUUCUAGCUGCAUUAAUUCAUUUAGAAGAACAAUAUCAAAGAAUUGAAGAAGAAACUUUACAAGUACAGCCACUCAACAUCACUCAUCUCACAUGAUUAAUCAUAGAUUUAUAAUGAUUAAUUAGUAAUAGAUUAUAUUUGUAUAUUUUGUUAAAAUAAAGUUUUAUUAAGGCAU